AUGGAUGGGAACAUGUCGCUGCAGCGUCAACCUUUUGCAGUGACCAAACAUUUGAUUGAAAAAUAUUACGAGCUCAUUCAAGGUAAAUCAUCUCCAGUUAAUCGCUCUUCUAAGUCUGCUAAUCACAAACUCCUAAGAAUAUCAAAGAAUCGCGUUGAUAAACCAGGUUCACGGCACAGGAAGAGUAACGUUGAAAUUUGUGUCAACAGCGAUGACGAGAUAUCCAGUGAUGACGAAGAAGAUCGACAGAAGGAAGAGGAGCAGGUCUCUUUUUUCCUAAGAUGUAAAUCAUUCAUAUACAGCCUUUUCGUUGGUGAUUACGAUAAAAGCUUGCUGAUAGAGAAGAUACUGGCUGAAAAACAGCACGCUGUAUCAUACGAAGAAUGGGGUUAUGCGGGACUGCGUCUGGACGAAUUAACAGAUAAGAUGAAAUGGAAGCAAGAAGUAGAAUCUAAUCUAUAUGACUAUAAACUGAUUGAAGAGUUAACAAGAAAACUACGUGAGCAAAGACAGGCGGAGGAUUACGCAGGCUUAUUGUAUACCAUAAGAACUAGAUGGGUACGAAAUUUGGGGAACAUGGGUGAUGUAAACUUGUACAGACAUUCUCAUGUGGGAACCAAGUUUCUUAUUGACGAAUAUUUGAACGAAUCCCGUUUUGCACUGGAUGCUUUAGUAAAUCAAACAGAUCUGGAUGACCAUUAUGUUCUUGGAAUCUUACAGCAAACUAGAAGGAAUAUUGGCAGAACAGCCUUGGUUUUGAGUGGUGGAGGAACUUUCGGUUUAUUUCAUAUUGGUGUUCUUUCCACCCUUUUCGAGCUUGAUUUGUUGCCUCGUGUCAUAAGUGGUAGCAGUGCAGGUGCCAUUGUCGCUAGUAUCCUCUCAGCUCAUUACAAAGAUGAAAUACCCGAACUGUUAGAGCGUGUCUUGGAAACAGACUUUAACAUUUUCAAAGAUGAUAAACAGAAGAGCGAAAGUGAGAACCUGCUAAUCAAGCUAUCAAGAUUUUUGAAAAAUGGCACUUGGUUCGAUAACAAGCAUUUGGUUCAGACAAUGAUAAAAUUUCUUGGUGAAUUGACAUUUAGAGAGGCAUAUAAUAGAACUGGAAAAAUUUUAAAUAUCACAGUAUCUCCGGCAUCAUUGUUUGAGCAACCAAGAUUGUUAAAUAAUUUAACAGCUCCAAAUGUUUUAAUAUGGUCCGCGGUUUGUGCAUCAUGCUCAUUACCGGGAAUAUUCCCCUCGAGUCCAUUGUAUGAAAAAGAUCCAACUACCGGAGAAAGACGUGAAUGGUCUGGCAGUGCUUCUGUUAAAUUUGUUGAUGGAUCUGUAGAUAAUGACCUUCCGAUAUCCAGAUUAUCUGAAAUGUUUAAUGUCGACCACAUAAUCGCGUGUCAAGUUAACGUUCAUGUGUUUCCUCUGCUAAAAUUCUCAUUAUCCUGUGUUGGUGGGGAUAUAGAAGACGAAUUUACAGCUAGAUUGAAACAAACAUUAACGAACGUCUACGAUUUUAUGGCAAAUGAAGCUAUACACGCUUUGGAGCUUGCAUGCGAAUUGGGAAUUGCUAAAAAUGCGCUAACAAAGUUACGGUCAGUUUUAUCACAACAAUAUUCUGGUGACAUUACCAUAUUACCUGACAUGAAGAUGCUGUUUAGACUAAACGAGCUAUUGGCUAAUCCAUCAAAAGAAUUUUUGCUUAGAGAAACUACAAAUGGUGCUCGUGCGACAUGGCCUAAAGUUUCCAUUAUUCAAAAUCAUUGUGGACAAGAGUUUGCUCUCGACAAGGCAAUUACCGCUCUUAAAGGAAAAAUUAUCUCUUCAUCAUCCAUUAAGAGUCCUCUGCAAUUUUCAAAAUUUCCUGUCGGGUUAAUUAGGUCUCGAGUUUUGAAAGAUGAUAUUAACAUAAGCAGUGCAUUAGAUGAUAAUCUCUUUGAAUCAGAAUCAAUCAAAUCUCUACUUCUUUUGCAAGAGAACUCUACGUCAUAUCGACAUGGCUCUAGUGGUAAAUUAACGCUACCUCUUCAUAGAUCUCCAACAAGUUUAAGACACCAGCGAAGGAAAUCUGAGACUAAUUAUAAGCCUCGAAAUGCAAGCAAAUCAGUGUCUUUUCCUGUUUCAUUUUCUUCUUCCCGAAUUCAGAGACCGGUGCACAGAGUUUCGAAUAACCAGGUUGCUUUAACAAAGAAAAAUAGCUCAGGUCAUAUUUCAUUUCAGAAAGGCGUCUUCCCUGAGCGGAGAAGAAGUCAAGAAAAGAUUGAAUUACCAUAUGUUAGUAAUGACCUCGACUGGCCUCAUUCUGCUCCAUUGAAAUCGGGGGAUAGGGUUGUUGAUAGUUCCCCAUUAAGGAACGCCAAAAGUCGGUUGAGAAAGAACAAGAAUAAAAAAAUAUAUGGGACUUCGACGGGUUCUGAUGAUGAUGGAAAAAGUGUGACAUAUGAAAGCAGUUUUGACCCCAAUGAGAAACCAAACUCACAUCACGGCCGGAAAAAUAGCUUCAGCGAGGCUGCGAAAAAGAUGGAUCGAAGGCUAUCAUCAUCCACUGGCAGUGCAUGUUCUCCCAAGAGUAGUAACAAGACCCUACAAUUUGAAGACGACCAGACAAGCCUUAACGAGCAUACUUCAUCAAAACAGUAG